ACGUCAAACAGACUGUCAUCGAGUUUUGUCAUCAUAUUUUUUGUGGAUGGAAUUAAAUUUAAUUUUUCGUUUUAGACGUAGAAAGGAAUAAUAAAUUUCAUUUAUUUCUACAUCUUCCGUUCAAAAUAUGACAUAGCACGUUUCUUUUAUAGUGUAUUGAUGCGUAGAUAUGCAACUUCUAUACACGCAAGUUUUAAAUAAUUAGUACGUAGAUCAAGUGCAGAAUGUGGUCGUUUUUCUCAAGAGAUCCUGCAAAGGACUUCGCUUUCGACAUCGGAGAACCUGUACGUGGCUUAGAAGAUAGAUCAGUAUGGUCAAUGCACAAGGGUAAAAAGAGAAGCACUCAGGAGGAGGUGUCAAUAUUCUUGUUCGAUGUUCAGAAAAGUUCGGAGACGCAAUUUGACAUAGCUAAGGCCUCUCUUAAAAAACUAAAGACUAUGAGACACCCUAGCCUUUUACAUUAUUUAGAUAGUGUUGAAUCUGAGAAAUUUUUAUAUGUAGCUACAGAAUAUGUAGAGCCUUUAGCCACUCAUAUAGAGGAUAUGAAAUUACAAGGCCAACAAAGAGAGUUAUUCCUAGCGUGGGGUAUUUUUCAAAUUACUAGAGCAUUGUCAUUUCUCAACAAUGAUGGCAACAUGAGGCACAACAAUGUAUGCUUAUACUCAGUGUUCGUCACACUGGCCGGUGAGUGGAAAUUAGGGGGCUUUGAGUAUCUGACGUCACAGGGCCAGGAAGGCUCCAAUCCGAUACCGUUAAAAAUAAUGCCAUCUCUAGAAAUAUAUGAUCCUCCAGAGAAGAAGGAUCCAACCAAAUUGAAGGCAAUCACUAAGUGUUCUUCAGACAUGUGGGGCUUAGGGUGCCUAAUAUGGGAAGCCUUCAAUGGUCCAUUAAAGAAUCAACCAGCGCUCAAGACUGUUGAUAACAUCCCCAAACAGCUAGGCACAUUGUACUGCGAGCUAGUCAGUGCUAACCCAGCCUCUAGACCGAAUCCAGCUGACAUUAUUACCAGAUGUCGCAAAAUGGGAGGCUAUUUCAAAAAUGACUUGAUUGAUUCAAUGCUGUUCUUAGAAGAAAUUCAAAUCAAAGAUAAGGCAGAGAAAGGGAAAUUCUUUUCAACUUUAACAUCCCAAUUGGAUAAUUUCCCAGAGGCUGUGUGUGUACACAAAAUCUUGCCAUCUUUGUUGACAGCAUUCAACUAUGGGGAUGCUGGUUCGGCUGUUUUGGCGCCUAUGUUUAAGUUAGGAAAACUGCUAGACGACGCUGACUAUCAGAAACAAAUUGUGCCAUGCGUAAUUAAGCUGUUCGCGUCCAACGACAGGACGACGAGGUCGCGACUGUUACAGCAGCUAGACCAGUUUAUAAUGCACCUUCAGAAUUCCACUGUAAACGACCAAAUAUUCCCGCAAGUGGUGCACGGUUUCCUAGACACGAACCCGAUCAUCCGCGAGCAAACUGUCAAGUCGAUAGUGCACCUCGCGCCGAAACUAAACUACAACAACCUUAACGUAGAGGUGCUGAAACACUUCGCGAGGUUACAGGCAAAGGACGACCAAGGAGGCAUAAGAACCAACACGACAGUCUGCCUGGGCAAGGUGGCAACUCACCUCCAUCCGCAGAUCCGGCAAAAGGUUCUAGUUUCGGCCUUCGUGAGGGCAACACGGGAUGCCUUCCCUCCCGCUAGACAGGCAGGAGUUCUCGCCCUAGCGGCCACCCAACAAUAUUUCUUGCUGGUGGAAGUCGCCAAUAGGGUCCUGCCCGCCUUAUGUCCGCUCACUAAUGACCCCGAGAAACAGGUACGCGACGCAGCAUUUAGGACUAUAAAGGGCUUCCUUGGCAAAUUAGAAAAGGUGUCAGACGAUCCAAGCUUGAAAGAAGGAAUGGAAGCGGACGUGCACACGGCGACGCCAUCGCUCGGAAACGCGGCCGCUACGUGGGCCGGCUGGGCCGUCACCGCCGUCACGGCCAAGUUCUACCGUUCACACUCGGAUACGGCGCGAGUCUCGCACUCCGUUAAAUCGGCGCUGUCUAAACCCGGCUCGCUCGUCUCUCCCGCAGAGCAACCGUCGUCAAGCAGCCUCUCGACCACGACGUCAUCGGUGACUUCCAUGACGUCACUGGAGCGCAGCGAGUCCGCGUCAGACUACGAUCCGGAACACUGGGACAUGACGCAGUGGGGAGACAUAGACUCCAGCGCUGCAACGUGCGCGAGCGUAAAGUCUGAGCCUAGCAGCGUCAGCGCGCAUCAACACACGACUUUGGCCGCUCUCUGCGAAGACGAGUGGGGGAACGACGAGUGGGGCACGCUGCAGGAACAACCGACCGCCGAAGAGGAACUGGCUAGUCCGUCUGAAACGUGGAGCAACACGCAAUGGACCGACCCUGCGCUCAACAAUGCAAACGCGACAUACGUGCGGGGCGCGCGCGCCGAGCACCGGCCCGCCGCGCACCAGAAUAGCGGCGACUCGCUCGGCGGCUGGGAGGACGGCGAGUUCGAGCCCAUUGAGGAGAACGUGGACGAGAACAACGCGUCUAAAAUGGACGAGAUGCGGCGCAAGCGCGAAGAACGCAAGCUGCAACGGCAGCGUGAGAUGGAGGCGCGACGCUCGGCGCGCGCACAGGGGCCCAUGAAGCUUGGCAGCAAGCUGUCCGGGCCCGCGCCGCCCUUCUAGUGACGACCGCCCCCUAAUAACACCGAGGGCACAUGCCCCCGAGACGUGACAUCAACCUUGUGAAGGUACCUUUUUACCCGUGGUUCACUAUGCACCAGUUCAGUCUUUCUCAGAGGGGCCCAUAAAGCUUGGCAGCUAGCUGUCUGAAUCCGCGCCGCCCUUCUAGCGACUCCCACCCUGCCCCCUUAAGCCCCCGGGACAUACCAACACAAAUGUAAACCUUUAAAAGUUGUACCUUUGCCUCGUUACCUUUGUACCCGUCUCUGAGAGGGGCUAACGGGGCCCAUGAAGCUCGGUGGCAAGUUAUCAGGUGUCGCGCCGCCCUUUUAAGUGACCCCUAUGCUACCGCUGCCCUGAGACCGAGACUCAUACCGCAAAGGUAAAUGUACCUUUUUACUUGUUGUAACCUUUGUGCACCGGUCUCUCUCACGAGGGACUGACAUGGCCCAUAAAGCUCGUCAGUACGCUGUCACGGACACGGAUACUCACACCUUGACGUUAUCGACCCUCGCACUGGCAGUUUCAGCCCGAUUUUUGUUCAGAAUGAUAUAAUAUGUAUCUAUGAUUUGUGACACUUACAUCUAACCACACAGGUUUGUUCAAACUGGUAGGCAAUUUAGCACAUUAUAAAACUAAUCGAGAAGAUUUCAUGCUAUUUGUAAUCGUACACACGAUUUGUUCUGUAUCGCCACGAGCCAGCCUGAUUUUUUAAACGGUUUUAUUUAGCUUGCCCUGUUUUACGAAAUAACUUGUAUUGCUACAUACAUAUUUGAGACUUUACAUCUCACCAUUGGAUUAAAUUUUAACGAUUGUCUGUUCCAUGAUGGUUAAUCUUUAUUUCUUUUUUCGGUCCCUUGAAUGAACGGCAAAUCAAAAAGUUAAUUAACUGUCCAUUGAUAUAAGAUAAUUACAUCAGUACCUAUUAUUACUGUAUUUGUAAAGAGAUCCUUACCAUGCUUAUACUUAUACCAAUGUCUAUUAAUAAAAAAACUUGUGAAAUUGUGUCUUAAAUGUCCAAUGGCGCAGCGUAGGAGCGCAAUCUUCUCUCUUGGCUCCCAAAAAUGUGCAAUUCAGGAAUUGUUCUUUACAAAUUUUUUCUAACAUCAUCAUUACAAAAGUAAAUUGUGGUCAUAAUAAAUAACUUCUUUUGUUUCUCGCAAUUAUAUGUUACAACACAAUUUAAUUAGUCAAUUGUUAUUAUUUUUGCGUUUUACGCGUGUAUAUAAAUUAUAUUAUUUAAAGCAUUUAUAACUUUAAGGUGUGUUGUUUUAUGUCUUAUUUAUCUUAAAUCCUGUUUCUAAAUUACAUCGCUGUGAUUGCUGAACUAUUGGCCAAUUUUAGAAACUGGGGUUAAGUAGCUUUUAUAUUUUGCUAAUUAUUCUCCACUAAUAUAGACGAAAUUGUGAAUUUUAUACGUUUUGCGAUCACCAACAUGUUUGUCAAUCUAUUUAUGUAUUUACAAUAGUAAUAAACAGAAGUUAGCUACAUCGAU